GACGUGUACAGUGAAUGGUGUGGGCCGUGUUCCAGUAUGACCGGGCACCUGCGACGCAUCAAGCUUGAGCUGGGAGAUGAGUAUCUAACCCUCGCUAUGGCAAGAGCUGAUUCCAUCGAGGCAUUGACGAACUUCAGGGGGAAGGCAGAGCCGACAUGGCUUUUCCUUGGGUCCGGAAAGCCUAUGACAGUGAUCCACGGGGCAGACGGCCCUCAGUUGCUUAACACUAUCAGGAGGCUGCUCAAAGUGGAGGUGGCCGCCCUCAAGGGUCGUGGCGAGCGCCAGGUGGUGCUGUUGGACUCACUACUGAAGCCUGAAGAAGUGGUAGAACCUGACGAGGACUUGGACGACGCGGAGGGCGAGCUGCACAACUUAGAUGACAGUGAAGAGAACUCAGAAGCAGAGGAGACGGUGCUCCAGCAGGGUGUUCUCUUCAUCCUGCCACACAUCAUCUCCCAGGACAAGGCAGAGAUCUUCCUCUCCAAUGUGGUGGCCGCAGGUUUUGAAAUCGCUGGUCAUGUGCAGGAAGAACUUACUCGGAAGGAGCUCCAUGACCUGCUUUGCUCUCAUGGGUCUGAAGAAGAGGAGGAAGAGGAGAAAGAAAUUAGGGCUGACAACAAUGAGGAAGAUGGUUCUCAGGCUGGAAAUAUGGAGGAGAGCCUCGCCGGAAAUGACAACACAGAUAAGACGGCAGAGACAGCGGAAGAGGAGACAGUGAAUGAGAGUGAAGGUGCAGAGGAAAAGACAGCCGAAGGAGUUGAUUGUGACACCCAAGAUGACGUGCAGCACUGGGAGGAGCAGCUCAGUCACGGUCCACUCUAUAUGUUACUGCUCAAGGUGGAGGAAGGCUGCGUGGUAACCACCUGGUACCAAGUACUCGGACCUCCGGACUUGGAGAUGGCUCGGAGGGACCAACCAGAGUCGUUAGUGGCGCAGUUUGGUGAGGUGGAAUAUGUAGUGCCUGCCUGGCUGCCUCGGGGACGCCAACUACAGGAACGCCUUGGGCUGAGGUUCUUCCCUCCGCCGCCAGAUGCCUCAGUGCCCAGACUUUUGCUGCUGCCCGACACCGACCAUCACCAGGUGUUGGAGAACAUGAGUGUGGGUGGAGUGCGGGUAUUGGCUCACACUCAAGCCACACUUCAGCAGGAGGCACUGCACAGUGUUCCCAGUCUCAACGCCUCACACGAACUCACCAAUGCCGUUGGGUCAGUCGUGCUGGCGGUGGUUGUGGAUGGAGAGGGAUAGAGGAGUGUGUGGCGGAGUUCUUGCCGCUACAUCUCUCCCAGGACACAAACAGCUCCCAGGCGGAAGUGGAACAUUUCUUCCCAGACUUGCUCAGUGCUCAAGACCACCAAGAUGAACCACAGACUCAGAUGCAGAUUGAACAGAACAAAGAGAGCAAUGGAGAGUGACUUUCUGUAUCUUGAGUCAAGUAAUUGUGACUAGCUAGAAAUCUUAAAUACUUGCAUGCUUAACAAGUGUGAACUGUAAGUGUAAUAAUAGGUCGAAGUAUAAUUACAGUACUUAUUGAAAAUGCCAUCUAAGAACUUGGACAGAUUAAACCUAUCACUAGAGGUGAUUGAGGACUGCUUAUUGUGUGCAUCAGUAAAUUAUGAAUGCAUUUUGUUGCACUAUUUGUGUGUGUGUGUAAUGCAAAAAACAUUUCUUAACAAUUCUAUAAUAAGAAGAGAAAAGAUUGUUACACUUAAGCAAGCAGGUGUA